AUGGAUCUGGACAUGAAGGUGUGGAAGCGAGUGUUCCAGGAAUUAAUUCAGGAGGUGAAGCCGUAUCACACAUGGCAACUCACACUUGACAAAGGCCUUCUUCCUAACAUCCUGAAGCCAGGGUGGGCACAAUACCAGCAGCAGACCUUUGCCCGGUUCCAGUGUUCCUUGUGCUCUCGAAACUGGGCCUCCGCCCAAGUUCAGGUCCUUUUCCACAUGCACUGGAGUGAGGGGGAAUCCAGGGGGCAGGUGAAGAUGAGAGUCUUUGCCCAGAGCUGUCAGAAGUGCUCCCAGCCUUCGUUUGAGGUUCCCGAGUUCACAGAAGAGAACAUCUCAAGGAUCCUGAACAACCUGGUGUUGCAAAUUCUGAAGAAAUGCUAUAGAGAAGGAAUUAAGUUCGUGAAGAGUCCUAUGAUUAAGGCCACUGCUCUCAAAGGGCCACAUAACCGUGACAACUGCGAGGCAUGUCUGCAGGGUGUUUGUGUCCAGAAUGACAUAGGUCUGGCCAUGCAGUCACCAAUAGCCCUGUCAUUUCCCACAAUAAGCUCGCCCACCCUUGGGAUCACCGCUGAAAUGCCUUCUCCCACGAGUGGAAGCACCAGAGGGGAAGCAGUGACGAAAAACAAGGUAUUACCCAGAUCGUGGUUUCCUGAGCCCACACCAGCUGAGAGCCUCCCUACUUCGUGGAGCCCAAGAACGAACACCAGCUUCCAGAGGGAG